GAAAAACCUCACCUACUCUCGCGGGUCCUCAGCGUUCUCCUGCGGAACCUUUGAACGGCGUACUCGAGCCCACAGGGGAAAAGCAGCGGAAGGGGUCUUUCGGACCGAUUCGAAACGAAAGGAAGCGGAACAAACGCGGAACCAUGGCCGCUAUGGUUGCUGUUUGCGGUGGUCUAGGGAGGAAGAAGUUGACACGCCUGGUAACGGCUGCUGUCAGCCUUACACAUCCCGGGACUCACACGGUGCUUUGGAGAAGAGGUUGUUCACAAUAUAAACAGGUAUCCAGCAACGAGGACCUGCCCAUUACAAUGGAAAAUCCUUAUAAAGAACCUCUUAAGAAAUGUAUCUUGUGUGGAAAGCGUGUAGAUUAUAAGAAUGUACAGCUUUUGUCCCAGUUUGUUUCUCCAUUUACUGGAUGCAUUUACGGAAGGCACAUUACAGGUCUUUGUGGGAAGAAACAGAAAGAAAUCACAAAAGCAAUUAAGAGAGCUCAAAUACUGGGGUUCAUGCCAGUUACAUACAAGGAUCCUGCAUAUCUCAAGGACCCUAAAGUUUGUAACAUCAGAUAUAGAGAAUAAAUUAUAUCACGUUUCCACCAAUAAACUUAUUUUACAGUAAGUGGUUGUAUGAUGCCAAUAUUGACUCAAACCAAACUUUGGAUAGAAAAGUGUUUGAGGAAUGAGGUAAAGAAUGACAGUUCCCUUCAUACCAAUGUCCAUUAAGCAGAUUGCUUAUUUAAAAUGUUAACACUCAUCACAUUUUACAUAUGUUGAAUAAAAGUGGUUCUGUGUGAUUUUCAUUUGUAUCUGAUCCCCAAAUAGCUCAUACAAUAAUCCAUUCAAUUGAAUGGAAUUAAAACUGCUCAGAAUGAUUUUUCAACUAGCAAAUGUAAGUAUGCCUGGUUAAAGUAUCUUCCCUUUGUAGAAAUGUUACAUUGGGAUGGAUAGUGGUGUUGUCACAGGAGGACAAAAUAUUCCUAAACAAGUCUAUCCUCAAACCAGUAUUGUCUUUUACAUAAAGAUGAUUUACACCUAAUAGACAUUGAAUAUGAUAGACAUGUAUGUAUAUAUGUAUCAAUUCUGAGUUCCACUGGCCUAUCCCAAAUACACUGGAUUACCAGGCUUGUACUGUAUUCAAAAUGAUGGAUUUGCUAAAUUUCGUGCAGGGGACUCUAGGGGAGAGGUUUGUGUUGCAUUAUAGUUGUGUAGUAAUUAAGGCUGCCAGAUUUAGCAAGUACAAAUGUAGGACAAAUUUAAAUUUUAGAUGAUGUUUUGCAAAUUUAUUGCAUGGUAUCCAGCAUUUUAUCUGGCAACUCUAGCCAUAACGUACCUUUUUCAUAUAAAUUUCCUUCCAUAUUGUGAAAAUAAGGCUAUUCUUGCUUUUCCAAUAUUUUUCUUUUUUAAUAGAGAUGGGUCUCAAUACGUUGCCCAGGCUGGUCUCUAACUCCUGGCGUCAAUCCUCCUGCCUUGUCUUCCCUAAGUGCUGGGAUUACAGGUGUGAGCCACUGUGCCUAGUCUCACUUUUCCAAUUCUAAAGAAUGUUUCUGUGUAAGUCUUCCCCUCAACAACUUAGUGAAAGGUGAAAAAAAGGUUUGGAAAUAAAAGCAUCUCAUGUUUGAAAAA